AUGCAUCGGCCCUCGUACGUCAAUGCCAUACUCAUACAAUCUCGUGGACGCCGGUUAGCUGUACCUUGUACACGUUGCCGCAGUGGACAAGGUAGACUGGUGUUUCCCGAAUGUCGCCAGGUACCAGGUGCAUUUGGCGGAGCUUGCGCCAACUGCAAAUGGCCUGACAAAGCAAGUCAGUGCUCUGUACGAGAUGAGUUUUGGCAUUCUCUCGAUGGUUUAAGAGAAGGUUCCCGAAUGGGGGGUGGCGGCCGGCAUACACGGAGUCUCGGUUCCUCUCAGGAUAAUCCAAUCAAUGUUGACGCAGAGAUCAUUGAUUUGGACGAGCCAAUCAACUUGGAUCCUGAAGAAGGUGACCAUCCUAAUGAUCCAAUCAACUUGGAUCCAGAGGAAAAUGAAGAAUGGCCUGAAAUUGAAUAG